UUGGCCCGUGUUCCUGGUUUGGCUGUGAAGCUGAACGCUGACGAGGAUGGAUUCACCCUUGAGGAUAAUGUAAAGAUGUAUCUUCUUGGUCUUCCUAACAAACUUGGACCUCUUGGAUUUAUUGCUCUACACAGCGUUCUUGAGUCCCCUGAGGAUAUUGUUGAUAUCAAGAUUGGAAGCUUUGUCCCCGACUCUCCUGUCUCUACUCCUCAAGCUCCCAGAUAUACUCCAGCAACCACUGCUGCUGUUACACCUGUAGGUGAUCUCCUCUCCAGAAAGAAGGCUGAGAUGGAUCUGAAGGCUAAACAAGCAGCUCAGUCGGAGCAAGAUCUGAUCUCUACUAUCAUUUCUCGACGCAGAAGAGCGAUAACUGGCUACUAGGAUACCUACCGUCUCUCCACUGUUAUAAAGUGGAGUACAAGAUGAGGAAGCUUGUCGAGCUCCGCAACUAUGCCAUCACCCUCAUGAUUGACAAACUCGCAAAGUUUCCGUUUGGACCUAUGCAUCAACAUCUACUUGAUUUUGUCAUGGGAUGAAUAUUUAUUAAAACUUUUUAUGUAAAAUAUAGAUUUAGACUUAA